GCGUUUUCCUGUCACAUGGCCAAUUUAAAGGGGUCAGUAGGUAUCGGUCAGUAUCGUUUGUCCUGUUGUAAUUCUCUGUGGUGCAGUGCACGGCUUUUUGAGAAUCAUCUCUACAGAAAAACAAACAAAAAAGGUGUAAGUGGAUAUACGGUCACUACUUCAAACGCAAAUGUACAAGUGGAAGAGAACAAAGGUGUGGAUUUGACAUGCGCACAUUCAGGAGACUUUGGUUCAAAUGUUUUACUUAGAUGGAAAUUUAAGGACCGAAAAGGCUCUCAGGUGUUUGUGGUUCACGAUGGGAAACCAACAGCUCCGUAUGCUAACCGUUUGACUGUGUAUGGUGGUAGCAAUCUGAGAUUCACCACAGUCACUCGUAAAGAUACUGGAGUGUACACCUGUGAGAUAACCAGCGGCGACAAAACCCAAGUUGGGGAAACCAAUGUGAAUCUGACUGUUCUGGUGCCUCCAUCUGUGCCAUAUUGUAUUGUCCCCUCAUCGGUAACAACGGGCAGGACAGCCACCAUGUAUUGCUCUGAUGAAAGCGCUUCACCCCCUCCCACAUACAAGUGGUACAAAAACAACGUUCUUCUGCCUGAUAACCCUAGUAACGUUGCUGGCUUCAAAAACGCCACCUACAGGUUGAAUCCAAAAACUGGCGUACUGGAGUUUCCUGCUGCAGCUAAGACGGAUACAGCUGACUACUACUGUGAGUCUGUCAAUAGCGCUGGCCCUGCUCAGAGAUGUAGAGCUAUGAAGAUGGAAGUUCGCGACCUAAACGCAGGAGGAAUUGCUGCUGGUGUAAUUAUAGCUCUGCUGCUGGUGGCCCUACUGAUAUUUGCCAUUUGGUUUGCCAAAAAGAAAGGAUAUCUGCCUGCAAAGAAAGAAAGCAGUUCAAAGAUGAACGCGUCUUACCACCCACCUCCUAGUGGUGAUGAUGCGGAUUUCACACAGAAGUCAUCAUUUGUGGUAUAGUGUACGAGCAGCAGUGGCUACAGCAAGCGCUCUGAGCGAGAUGUCUUUUAAGUGUGUGGUUUUCCAGGAGUUUGAAAGUUUGUACAAUGCAGUUUUUAUAGACCAUUGCAAUAUAUAUUUUUUUUAACCUGAGCCAGCUACAGUAGUCUGUCAAACGCAUCAACAUGUGAGGUUCAUGCAGCAAUACCACAGGAAAGAAAUAGAAAACUAAUGAACCCCGUACUGUAUCUAUCUUUACUGAAAUGAACUGUGGCCACUAGUGACCUAUUUUCAGCAGAGACCAAUUUUCUGCUCAUCACUGAUGUGUGCGUUUCUGUGUGCUUUUUAUCUUCUGUCUUCUGUUAGAACAAGAUUUUAAAGAUAUGCGCUUACUUAUGAAAACAAGAUUAAUUAGAGUACAGAGACCCUUACACCACCCCCACCACCAGCAGCAGUAAAUGAAAAUAAAUAUAUUUAUUAUCUUUACAUUGAGGACAGACGUAUAUUGCUGCAUUUAUUACAUUUGCUGUCCCAUCACAUUCAUUUCCGCUAGCACAACUCUCUUAUCGGUCUUUGUGGGUUAGCUGAAAUGAGCCUGAAUAUCACGGCCACGUUUUUAAAGGGGUUUUAUUUUUUGUUUUUCCUGCUUUAGUUUUUUUUUUUCUUCUUUUUCCAACCACAGAUCUGAUGUUAUGUACAUGAUAAGUUUUUUUCUGUCUCUUUCUUUGUAAAUAAAACUAAUUUUAAAAUUUGGAUAGCUUCUUGGGAUUAAAUGGUCACUCUUAUACCCCUUUCACUGCAGGAAAAUGGUUCAAUACUGUUCCCAAAUCUUGGAACUUUGCUGCCGUCUGUAGCGUUUUCGCCUGCUUAAGCCAGAAUGACUGUGAUGAUUUGGUGCAGUACUAUUGCAGGCUUUACAUCUUUCUAUCCAAAGAUGAAAUGUCCUCUAGUUUUGCUCAUCUGAAGUGAAGAAAAGAGCAAUCGUUUACCAUUAGAUCCUUGGAGGAUAAUUUACUAGAUACUAACCAACUUCCUGUGUUGUAGACCAUACAGACCUCUUCUCUGACUUGACUUAACAUGAAUCGUACUCCUCUGAAUCUACAUGUAUUUAAUGAAUUUGAAGAAAAGACUCGAUCAGCGUUAAGCCACACAGCCUGAAGAACUUCUGUGUAGUGUAUGUCAAAACAGAACAAUAUUAGUGUGAUCUGUUGGACACGAUCACACUUCAGUUUAUUUUAGAGGGUAUGUGUCUGCGUCUGUGUGCAUUUGGCAACUAAAGUCAUGAACUGCUACAUUCCUUGUGAUGUUUAUGAAGCAAUGCUGUUGGUGUGUGUUUGUUUAAAAAAAAAAAAAUGCCUUUCCUGCUUAGUAAAAAGGCUUCCACGUAUUUGGCAUAGAGCCUGUUUAGGAAGGGUGAGACUUAAUACUGAGAGUGCGCAACCCUGCAGCAGUAUUAGCAGUAAGCUAGCACACCCACCAAUUUCAUCAUGAUUCACACUGGAAAAACUUAAUAUCCAUUUUAUUCCAA